AGAUAGUGGAUUGAUUAAAAAAAAAAACAAGAAUGUGGGUGUAUGGGAUAGUGAACGAGGGAACUGGGUUAAUUGAAGAGCUUGAAAUCUAUGGAUGAUUCUCAUCGAAGAGAGAGAUCUUCAAAUCUUCAGCGUAGAUCCGAAGAUGAAAGCCGCGAAGGUGGCGAUGCAACCGACGGCGAGCGAAGGAGAGACCGCAGAUCCGAAGAUGAAAUCCGCGAAGGUGUGUAGACAUUGGUGCUAACACGUCUGCCGAAGGUGGUGGUGAAGAUGAGGGUGACUGUGUUGGUUAUGCUGGGCUGCUGCUGUGUAUGGUAUGUACAUGGAGUGAGUGAGAAAGGUGGCUGGGUUUGCCGUGUGUUCUGCUAUGGUCUGUAAACUUGGUUAACAAUGGCUUCAAGAUUGUGGGCUUCAAGGGUUGCUUCACAGCUCAGGAUCUCAGUCUUCAACAGAGGAUUUGCUUCUGUUGUGAAGGACUUUAAGUAUGCCAACUCUCAUGAAUGGGUGAAAGUCGACGGUAAAUCUGCAACUGUAGGCAUAACUGACCAUGCUCAGGAUCACUUGGGCGAUGUUGUGUAUGUUGAAUUACCGGAAGUCGGGGUUGCUGUAACCCAGGGUGGCAGUUUUGGUGCAGUUGAAAGUGUUAAGGCCACUAGUGAUAUUUACUCUCCUGUUUCAGGACCUCCUUUUGAUAAGAAGCUGUUCGUUGCAUAUAUAAAGAAGUACAUCAAGUUGUUGACACCCAAGCUGGAGGGAGACAAGCAAGAGGAAUGUAAGAAGAAGAUGCAGAGGGUCGGAAGGGAUGAUGCCAACGAAGGUAUAAAGAAGAAGAACACAUCAGCAGCUGUGAAUGAUUAUUGA